AACCAGUGUUUGUGUGGCUCCAGUGCAGUGGGACCAAAGUCUUUCUCCAGGGUAAGUAAAAGCGUACAUGGUCACUCCAAGUCUGCUACAUGGACUUAUUAUUUCUGUAAUAUUUUGUUUUUAAUUUGCUUUAAUAUUUUACACUUAAAUGCAGAAAAGCGGCAAGCUGUAACAGCUGCACUGAUAACUAAGGCAAGGAACUUAAUGAAUGACCUGGGUUGCCACUGGUCAGGAAAUGGUAAGGGAAAAGAAAAAUUCACAAAAUUUACAUGUAACAUGGUCCUUACUCUUUAGGGGAUGCAGUUUUCUGGUAAUAACAGUUUUGUGUUAAAGCUAAGCGAGAGAGAGGGAGUGUACUUUCCACUGAUAUGUACAACGACCUACAUUAUUUAGAAGUUGUAGAAAUAAGAAUAGUCAUGUAUUUCCUAAAAAUCAGUAAUGAUUGUUCAGGGUGUAAGCUCAAAUGAUAUUUUUUUGUACCAGGAAAUGUCUUGAAAGGUUACAUGUACAAUGUAGCAACUAAUACUUCUUGUCACAGCAACAUGUUCAAUGUAUACAAUUUAUAUUUGUUUCAGUUCAUGGUCUAAAAGAAGUGAACUUUGGAAGAAAAGUGAAGAGGAUAAGGUAA